UAAAGAGGUCCCAAUGUCCGAUUUCUACGACUGCUUCAUGAAAUGCGCCGCGCUGGACCGCAUGGAGGAAAUGGAAACGGGCACUAGCAAGGCAGGUCCGAACGUCCAGCGCUCCCGGGAGUCCAAGAAGGCAAAGCCCAUACAAGAAUUAAUCCAAGAAUCCAACGGCGAGAAACUGUCAGCCCGGACAGGAGUAACAGCAAGUAAUGCUGCCCGUAUUCUGCGGUCCGCAUCGCGUCCCGAUGUCAAAUACUUCCAGACCCUCCACGCCCUCCAUCUGCAGGUGACCAUGGUCGAUGAAAAAGUUUCCUACCGAACACGUGUGAUAAAAAGCAGCACGAUUUUCUUUAAGGCCAUCCCUACUGUCGGAUCAGGAUUGGGAUCCCCCACUUGCAACUCUAACUCUGGGGGCUACGAGUUCUUUGUGAACACACAUAUGAUCUUCAAAUGUAUACAACAUUCCAUGAAGGGGCGCACGGUAUACAUCGAGCUUCAAAAGAAGAAUCCAGGCUACUACCCCACACAAUUUGUCCACUUAAAGUACUUUCAAACGAACUACGACAAGAUUGUGAUCGAGGAGAAGUGGCAUCAGCGAGAAAGAUUCAACUUUGAACAGUUGAUACGUCAGCAUGGAUGGGGAGUGCCAAAAAUCAAAGAAAAAGUGGAAAGCAGCGAGGAACCCGCGUCCGAGACCGAAUCGGAGGAGGGGGUGGAGCGACCCGAAGACUACAGGAAGAUCGAAAUGAAUUAAGUUUUAAAGCACUUAUAACUAUUCAAUUUAAGAACGAGUGGCAUUCAAAGAAGAGCAUGAGCCACGACGCAGUCAGUAAAGAUAUAUGUAUAUUGUUUCCAAAUUCAAUACUAUAGAAGGAAUUUAAAACUGAAUUUUUAAUUUUUAACACUUGACACACACUUACAUAUGUAUUCCAUAAAUAAUAUAUUGAUAACAAUA